UAGCCGAGAUUUUUAGUCCAGGUUUUUGCUGGGCUGGUCGAACCAUAGACAUUAGAAAUAAUAUUAUGGGACUAGCCAUAGACUACCUAUACUAAUUUAACAUGAAAACGCCAUUACAAAUGCAGAAGAUGCGUAACUGAAAGAGAAACCAAUCCUCGGAGUUUAAAUUUGUGAAGGUUCAGGAAUUUGGAUUUGUUGAGCCCCAGAGAAGUUUACUCCUACCUUUGAGAAUGAUUUCAAGAAGAAAAACUGGGGCUGCGAUGCCUGUGCUCCUGAUGAUUCUGGUGAGAGACUUCAGAGUCGAUUCAGUCACAUGUCAUCAAACUGAGUACAAGAUGGGCGAAAAGUGCUGUCUUAUGUGUCCUAUUGGCAAAAGAGUCAGAGCUGGUCUGAAGGAAAAGUUAGGAUGUCAACUUAAUGCUGACACAGUUUGUGAACCCAUGGAGGGAUUCUACUGUACAGACCUUAAAUCAGAAGGCUGUGCUGCAGCACAGAAACACAGGAGAUGUGAACCAGGACAGUUCAUCAGCAAGAUGGGAACAGCCUCCACAGACACAGAAUGCUCUGAAUGCAGCAGUGGAUCAUUUUCUGAUGGAACAAUGUUGUCAUGUCAGCCUCACACACAAUGUGAAAAAGAAAACCUUCAGCUGAUAAAAGCAGGAACAUCUUCAACUGAUGCUGAAUGUGGAGAAAAAAGUUCCAACACCACAGGAAUUGUGAUCGGAGUUCUGUUUUUUUUAGUUGCAGCAACAAUUGGUGGUGGUGUUUUUCUCUGGAAAUAUCACAAAAAUACAAAACCAAACAGUUCUACAAACCAACAACGAGGGGUUGAGGAAUUUGGAUUUGUUGAGCCCCAGAGAAGUUUACUCCUACCUUUGAGAAUGAUUUCAAGAAGAAAAAAUGAGGCUGCGAUGCCUGUGCUCCUGAUGAUUCUGGUGAGAGACUUCAGAGUCGAUUCAGUCACAUGUCAUCAAACUGAGUACAAGAUGGGAGAAAAGUGCUGUCUUAUGUGUCCUAUUGGUAAAAGAGUCAAAGCAGACUGUACAGAGUUUGAAAAUACAUCCUGUUCGCCCUGCACAGAUGGGACUUUCAUGGACCAUCCAAACGGACUAAAGAGAUGCACUCCAUGUUCUACCUGUGACUCAGGAGCUGGUCUGAAGGAAAGGUUGGGAUGUAAAAUAACUGCAGACACAGUUUGUGAACCAAUGGAGGGAUUCUACUGUACAGACUCUACAUCAGAA